UGGGGUUGGGCUACACAAUCAUCCAGCCAGAGACGUGGGGGUAACAGUCAGCUUGAGAAGGGACGUCACGUCAAACAGCCUCCAUUCAGCAGUACUGAGUGGUACCAACGUGACAGCGUGGCCACGGAAACAGGGCUGCUGUGUAGUUUUCUUUUCACCUCAUGUUUGACUCUUAACGGCUGGUCACCACCAUGACAGAGGAGGAAACCAUCAAUGUAAAGGAGGUGGAGAUCAUCAAGGUAAUCCUGGACUUUCUCCACUCCAGGAAGCUGCACAUUAGCAUGCUGGCGCUGGAGAAAGAGAGUGGCGUUAUCAACGGGCUAUACUCGGACGACAUGCUCUUCCUUAGACAACUGGUACUGGAUGGCCAAUGGGAUGAGGUCUUGCAGUUCAUUCAGCCACUGGAGUGCAUGGAGAAGUUUGACAAAAAGACGUUCCGUUAUAUUGUGCUAAAGCAGAAGUUCCUGGAAGCCCUUUGUGUGAAUAACGCCAUGUCUGCUGAGGAUGAGCCACAGCAUUUGGAGUUUACCAUGCAGGAGGCGGUCAAAUGUCUGCACGCCCUAGAGGAGUUCUGCCCCUCAAAAGACGACUACAGCAAACUGUGUCUGUUGCUCACCUUGCCUCGCCUCACAAACCAUGCAGAGUUUAAGGACUGGAACCCGAGCACGGCCAGGGUGCAGUGUUUUGAGGAAGCCUGCACCAUGGUAGCCGAAUUCAUCCCUGCAGACAGGAAACUGAGCGAGGCUGGAUUCAAAGCAAGCGGGGAUCGCCUCUUCCAGCUACUUCUCAAAGGAGUCCUCUACGAGUGCUGUGUGGAGUUCUGUCAGAGCAAGGCAACGGGUGAGGAGAUCACCGAGAGCGAGGUUCUGCUGGGCGUUGACAUGCUGUGUGGUAACGGCUGCGAUGACGUAGACUUAUCACUUCUGUCAUGGAUGCAGAACCUGGCCCAUACCGUCUUUUCCUGCGCCUUUGAACAGAAGCAGCUCAACAUCCAUGUGGACCGUAUAGUCAAACCUGCAAAAACCGGCUACGCUGAUUUGCUCACGCCACUCAUCAGCAAACUGUCUCCAUACCCAUCCUCCCCACUGCGCCGGCCCCAAUCGGCCGACACCUACAUGUCACGCUCUUUGAAUCCGGCACUGGACGGCUUGUCGUACGGGCUGUCCGGCCAGGAUAAGCGGGCGAGUGGCGGGGAGGUCGCACCGGGUAAAGGCGUUUCUCCUAUGUCUCACUCCUUUGCCAACUUCCACUACCCUGGAGCAGGCGGGCAGAACCUAAGUAGGAGCCUCAUGAUGGAGAGCUCCGACUGCCACAGCAUCUUUGAGGAAUCGCCUGAAACGUCGAGGACAGAGACUCCUGUGGACAAAAUGAUGAAUUCUGGUGGAACUCAGAACUCGCGUCCUGCUUCUGCUCCUGGGGAGGAUGCACCUCCAGCCGGCUCUGCUGAAAGGAAUGAGCUGUGGGACUCCACAGAGAAGUAUGAGGAGUAUUACCGUCAGCGCUUGCGUGUGCAGCAGCACCUGGAGCAAAAGCAGCAGCAGCGGCAGAUGUACAAGCAGAUGUUGCUAGAGGGAGGAGUGCAGCAGGAGCCCCCGCCCGGUGACAUGCAGCACAGCCUUACAGAGAAGUUCCUCAACAGGUCCAUCCAGAAGCUGGAGGAGCUAAAUGUGGGCAUGGAGAGUUUAGGAGAGGAGGUGAAGUCUUUGGCUCAGCAGUGCAAUGGCAACCCACCUAAUUCGGAGAGCAACAACAACCCCCCAUCUCCCACCCCUGACCACAACAGGAGCCGGGGGAGCGGGGUGCUCAGCAGUACCCCACAGCAGCAGACAGCGGGAGGCCGUGUGGUCCCAGUCCCAAAUGAGUCCCCUGUUGUCUCACAGAGUGGGCAGAAUCACAAAGUUGGUCCACAUGGUGACUCCCCAGGAUCAUUGUCUCGCAGUAAAGAGGGUGACAAAGCAAAAAGCUUAUUUGUGCCAGUACACACUCUGGAGGACACUCAGGCUAUUCGGGCAGUUGCCUUUCACCCGUCGGGGUCGCUCUAUGCCGUUGGAUCAAACUCCAAAACACUGAGAGUCUGUGCUUAUCCAGAAACACUGGACCCAAAUGGAUCAAGUCCAGUGAAGCAGCCAGUGGUCCGCUUCAAGAGAAACAAGCACCACAAAGGUUCUAUCUACUGCGUGGCCUGGAGCCACUGUGGACAGCUGCUAGCAACAGGAUCCAACGACAAAUAUGUCAAAGUUUUACCUUUUAGUGCGGAGACGUGCAACGCCACAGGCCCAGACUUAGAGUUCAGCAUGCAUGACGGCACCAUCAGGGACUUGGCCUUCAUGGAGGGUCCAGAAAGCGGUGGAGCCAUCUUGAUCAGUGCCGGCGCGGGAGACUGUAACAUCUACACCACUGACUGCCAGCGAGGACAGGGCCUGCACGCCCUCAGUGGACACACGGGUCACAUCUUGUCUCUUUACACGUGGGGAGGCUGGAUGAUUGCGUCCGGCUCCCAAGACAAGACGGUGCGUUUCUGGGACCUCAGGGUGCCCAGCUGUGUGCGAGUGGUGGGCACCGCCUUCCAUGGCUCAGGCAGUCCAGUCGCCUCAGUAGCGGUUGACCCGAGUGGGCGUCUCCUAGCAACAGGACAGGAGGACAGCGCCUGCAUGCUGUAUGACAUCAGAGGGGGGCGCAUCGUCCAGGUGUACCGCCCGCACGGCAGCGACGUGCGCUCCGUCAGGUUCUCACCCGGCGCACACUAUCUGCUCACUGGCUCCUACGACGCCAAGGUCAUGGUCACCAACCUGCAAGGUGACCUGACCAAGCAGUUGCCUCAGACUGUGGUGGGCGAGCACGGCGACAAGGUGAUCCAGUGUCGAUGGCAUACCAACGACCUCUCCUUCCUGUCAUCCUCUGCCGACCGAACCGUCACGCUGUGGACUCACAACCCAUAACUACACGUACACACCCAUUUUAUCGGGAAAAGACACACUACAACUGCUUCUGCAUCCCGCACAAACACAUGAAAAGCACAUGCUGAACAUUCUCACACUGCAUCUGUUGUCAGAGCAACGGGCACAAAACACUGGCGGUGGCACACACUCAAAUGCAAACACACGUCGUAACUGGUUGCAUGCGCUUUUAACAGACAGGACCGAGCUUUUUCAUCAUAAUGGUGCCUUUUUUGAGUUCCAGAUCAAAUUAUGUUAACUCCACAUUCCAUGUUGUUGUCCCGCAUCAGUUUCCUCCAGUUGCUAUCGUUUGGGGAGUUAUGACUCAGUGUGCAAGCUUUCUGAAUCUGUGGCAGCAUUUUGCUCUCUGCUGUUGCUUCCCCGUGGGAUGUGGCCAUGCGUUGCUGUUCAAUAUGUUUUGUUUUAAAAAUGGAAUAAUCAGUGGGGCUUUUUUUCCCCUGCAGGAGCUGUUAGAAGCCAUUGCAAUGAAAGAUUGUUAUAAUGCAGUGUCCAAAGGGAAUGCUAGUAAAUUAAAAAAAACAUUUUUUAUUUCUGCUGUACUGAGGUAAUAGUAGGGGUCAGUGUAGACUUUCAAUUGUAUGCACAGAAAAUUUGAAUUAACAUAUUUAUUUUAAAGCCAGUAUUUAAUUUCUUCACAUGUAAAGCACUUUUGUUUGUCCUGAUUAAUUUUUAAAAAUACGUUUAAACAAAACUCCAAACUAAUACAUACUGUACAUUGUCGUAUUUAUUUUUAGUUGAUUGUACAGUUCUUGAAAUGCUAGUGUCUCAUGUAUUAAGCCUGAUACUUAUUAUUUUUUAAGUGAUUUAAUUUAACUCAAGCUAACAGAUUGCUGGUAUGUUCAAUAAAGUGUCUUUUAAUCAAGCUGCUUUU